AUUCCUCCAAUCAGAUGGCUUCACCACAGAAAUGGAGUUUUUUUCUGCCGGUUCUAGAAAACCAACCACGAGUUGUCGUCGUGUGGGAGAAUCCAUCUUGAAGAGAGCUCUCCGGUUGUGUGACCAUUAUUGUAGUGCAAACAUGUCCGAGACAGAGCAACAAUAUAUGGAAACAUCAGAAAACGGCCACGAAGUCGACGACGAUUUUAACGGGGCCGAGAACACCGAGGAGGGAAACGACGAGAGCGCCGGGAACGAGUGCGAGGAUGGCGCAGGGCCCGACGCCGACGGCGACGGCAACUCGCAAAACGGCGGAACGGAGGGCGGACAGAUCGACGCCAGCAAAGGCGAGGAGGACGCGGGGAAAAUGUUUGUUGGUGGUCUAAGCUGGGAAACGAGCAAGAAGGAUCUUAAAGAUUACUUCACCAAAUUUGGGGAGGUGACUGACUGCACCAUAAAGAUGGACCAGCAGACUGGUCGGUCAAGAGGCUUCGGCUUCAUCCUCUUCAAAGAUGCAGUCAGUGUCGACAAGGUUCUUGAGCAGAAGGAGCAUAGGCUAGAUGGGCGAGUGAUCGAUCCCAAGAAGGCCAUGGCCAUGAAGAAAGAUCCCGUCAAGAAAAUCUUUGUGGGAGGCCUCAACCCUGACACCUCAAAGGAAGUCAUCCAAGAGUACUUUGGGACCUUUGGCGAGGUCGAGACCAUCGAGCUUCCACAAGAUCCAAAGACGGAAAAGAGGAGGGGAUUCGUAUUCAUCACGUAUAAAGAAGAGACUCCUGUCAAGAAGGUCAUGGAAAAGAAGUACCACAACGUCGGUGGAAGCAAGUGUGAAAUUAAAAUAGCCCAGCCCAAAGAGGUCUAUGUCCAGCAGCAGUACGGUGCCCGUGGAUAUGGAGGACGCGGCAGGGGCCGUGGCGGCCAAGGCCAGAACUGGAAUCAAGGUUACAACAACUACUGGAACCAGGGAUACAACCAGAACUACGGCUAUGGACAGCAAGGCUACGGAUAUGGCGGCUACGGCAACUAUGACUACUCUGCUGGUUAUUACGGCUAUGGGGGUGGCUACGACUACAACCAGGGCAAUACAAGCUAUGGGAAAACUCCAAGACGUGGAGGCCACCAGAAUAGCUACAAGCCAUACUGAUCACACGUAGUGCAGGUCUAAAGUAAAUAAGAAAAAGAGAUCCAUGGUCUGACCACAACCAACAUGGGCUCUGGCUUUUCCUUUGGAGUUGGCAGAAAUUUGGACUCAUGCUCCAUUUGUACAGAUCAAGUGAGGAACUGGGGAAGCAAAUGUCACUUUUCCACUUUUUAUUUUAUAUUGUUUUUUGUCCAUUUACAUUUCCAGUGAUGGAAGUGUUAUUUUUACUGUACUUUUUGGUACCUUUUGAAUCUAAUGUAUUGUAUGGUUGUAUUUUUACAUGUCUACUGGAUUUACAGAUGAGCCGGAGCAAGAGCUUUUAAAGCUCAAAAUAAAACAAUUUUCUUUUCUUUUUUCUUUUGGUGUUUCUAGAUCUUUCGUUAUUAUCUCCCAUCCUGAAAGUUGGUUGCAUGGCUUCAGAUAUGGGUUGAGGCAAAAUAAGGGAUUUAAACUAAUCAAGGUUUCAUUGUAAGAGUGUAAAGUGAAUGUUUCAGAUUGACUAGUAGACAAAGACAACCAGCGUUUUUUUUCCUUUUUCUUUUGGCUUUUAAGAUUUCUCCCCCAUCAUGUCUGCAAUUUUAAGUGGCUUUACUAGUGUUAUUCAACUGAACGCAAGCCUGUUAAUGUAAGAGGGUAUUCCCUCUCUCACUGGAAACUCAUUCCUCUAGUGUCUUGGGCAAAUUGAUAGAAAUAAACUUUUGGUUUAUAUUA